UCGUUUUCCCCCCGCUCCCCUCCCCGGGCACCUUGGCCGCGGUUCUUCCUUCAUUUCUUUCCCCCUCGGAUCUGCUCGCUCUUGACUUUUCGUUCCGUUAAGCAGCGACGCUUUUCUCUCCCGAGAUGGAAGCGGCGAAGAGGUGGCGGGUGAGCGCGGGGGAAACGGAGGCCUGGAUGGACCGGGCUGUAAAUAUGGCUAAAGAUGCACUUGAGAAUGGUGAAGUACCUGUUGGUUGCCUCAUGGUCUACAAUAAUGAGAUUGUGGGGAAAGGAAGAAAUGAAGUUAACCAAACAAAAAAUGCUACUCGCCAUGCAGAAAUGGUAGCAAUUGAUCAGGUCUUAGAUUGGUGUCAACAGCACAAGAAGCAACCUGUGGAAGUUUUUACACACACAGUAUUAUACGUCACAGUUGAGCCCUGCAUUAUGUGUGCAGCUGCACUUCGAAUGAUGAGAAUCCCGUUGGUUGUAUAUGGUUGCCAAAAUGAACGGUUUGGAGGCUGCGGCUCAGUUCUGAAUAUCUCUUCUGCUACCUUAACAGAUACAGGAGAACCAUUUCAAUGCAUAGCCGGUUAUCGAUCUGAAGAAGCUGUGGAGAUGCUGAAAACCUUCUACAGACAAGAGAAUCCAAAUGCACCAAAAUCAAAAGUUCGGAAAAAGGAAUUCAGUAAAUGAGAUGCUGUUGUAAAGUUAACCAGUCUAGAAGAAGAAUAAAUCCUUGAAUGAUCUUCGCAAUGCUGACCUUUGCUGGACUAAAUUAUUUAGCUCCGGGAGGUGAAAAAUAACAUACCUGUCCCUUUUCAAUAUGUGGUUGAAUAUAAUAUGCAGGUUAUGAUAAAUUAACAAAUACAGUUGUGGGUCAAAAUGUCUAGUUUGUUUUCCCCUGGGUGCUAAACUGGAAAGGUAUUAUUGAAAGAACAAUACCAGCUAAGGUUGAACUCUUGCAACUAUUGAUUUUGAACUCAACAAGAGGUUCAGCUAAUUAAGAUAAUGCAUGCUUUGCCAGUACAAACUUGUGCUGAUUUCUAUUGUCUUGUAAAUUAUUUGGAUAAGAACUCUACAAAACUCUCUGUCAUCUUCCAGUUCACUAAGCUGUUCACUAAGUUAUACAUGCUGAAUCAAGUUUUCCAGGUCACCUGCUACAUUGGAAUUUCUCUUGGGAACUAGUCUGAUUGGUAUUAGGACUUUAUUAAGCUAUAAUAUAGCCCAGGUAUUUAGUCAUUUUAAUCUAGUUGGUGCUGUUCUAAUGCUAACAGAGGCUUUCCUGUAAUUUUCUAUGUGUGAUAUAUUCAACUGGAAAUACUGAACAUAAGAAGGGGACCUUCUGCAUAAAAACCAUGUACUGUUUCAGUGAAAUAAUCCAAAUAUGUAUAAAUAUCUGACAAUGUCUAAUUUGUACCACUUUCUUCAGUGCAUCACAUGGCAAGUUUAAAACUUCAUAGAGACUUCGCUGUUCAGACCUCGGUAGAAAAUAUUGGCAAUAUUAAACUUAACAUUGUGAUAACCGAAUUGAAAGAUUUGCACUCAUGCCUGAUCAAUUGCUGCCAUACCUUCUCUUUUCAGAUGAAUUCCUGUUGUGAUAGCAAUCACCAUUAAGGAUCAGUUGAUUUACGUAGUUUUAUUUUAAUAUGUUUGCAGUAGAAAACUUAUAAUAUUGAAGGCAGGCUGUUCAGGUUAGCAGCAUCUAUCUGAUCUUGGACUAUUGAAAAGCUCAGCAGGGCCAGAAUAGUUUAUUCUUUGGAAAUUCCAGAACUGUUGGACUGACUGCAAAGUUGAAAAAACAUUCCAGAAAAAAAAAAGGCAAAAGAAAACCACUUCUGUAAUGUUGCUGAGAAAAUAACAUGGGUGUAACCAUGAAGUCACCAGGAGUCAUGGUAAACUUGAGGGAAUUUUGAAUGAAUUAUCAAUACCGGACUUGUGUACCUGGGUUCACUUACAAUAAUACUUUUAUUUGUAAGGGCUAACUUUCCUGAACAUAUGGGUAGCUGAAAUAUUGAAGUUAUAUUCAAAUAUGCUAGUGUUACUCAGUCUUAAAUUCAGUCAUUUUGAUAAUGACUGUAUAGGAAGUUAAUUAUAUUGCUAAAAUACAAUAUUUGGAAAAGGGCCAUACAGAAGACGGCAGAAGUAAUGUUAGUGAAGGAAUAUAAUGUUGUCAACAGCAGCAUUUUCGAGCUUCCAUCUUAUACCUUCUCCCUCUUCUACACAGCACUCCGAUUCUCCUUCCUUAUGCCAAAAAAAUAUGUGUGGAGUUUGUUGACGUUUUGGGGAGGAGGAAGGAACUAUUUGUCUCAUAAUUAAAUAUCUAAUUUAACUAAGCUAGAAGCCCAGAUUUUACCUGGCACAUUCUGCAUUGUCGGUCCAGGGGGAAAAUGCAUAGAACAUGCAGAUUCGGGCUACCCCGAAUCUGAGAAGUCAUGGGAAACCACAGCAGAUAUCUAUAUUUUAUGUCAUCAUUUCCAUGUGAAAUUCCCACCCAAGCCCUGCCUCUGGGACCUGCUACAUCUAUAGACUAUAUAUUUAUAUAGUACUAUAUGCAAAAAUCUAUAGUACAUACUAUAGAUUUAAUUAUACACUACUAAAUGUGUAUAGUACUAAAAUACUACUAUUAACUGUCAAGUUCGGUUAGCUGAAAUGGUACAUCAUGUGAAAUAAUUUUUGAAUAAAGAUAACCUCAAAUCUGCUGCCUUAAAGAAUGCAUACAAACUCUGAGAGCCAUUACUCCUGUGGAAGUGAAAUUUCAAGGACCUUCAGACCUGGUAUACUGGAAGGGUUAUGUAGUUACGUAGGCAGCCCUGCUGUACUUCUGCCAUCAGCUGAGGCCAUGUGAUCAUGAUUUAUGACACGUCCUGUCAGCUUCCUACAAGCAAAGUCAAUGGGAAUGCUGGCAGGAAGUUAGAAAUCACUUCUACUUCCUACUGCUGUUUUGGCCACCUGUGAUCAUUCUGUUUAUCUCUAGGUAAGUAUUAUUGAAGUUCAUUUCCCACUACAAUUACUCUUCCAUCAUGCUGCACUUUUUCUAAAAGGAUGACCCAGUGGGUCAUCGGUGGCCCAGUAAACAAAUUUCAGGAUGAAGGGAAUUUCCUGCUUUCUGCCACGAUAUACUCUCCAGGGUUGGUUGCUGUGCAACAAGAAGAAAAUACAGUGAUGUUUUUCCAUCUGAUUGUGCGGUAAGAUUUGUCUGUUGACCUUGGGGAACCGCUAAGCUUGGGUUGGGGUAAUGAGCCUGUAGUCAUUUAACAUGGGACUUCCUAGCUUGUAAAAGACAGACAAUGGAGGUGGUGUAGAGGAAUAUAGAGACUAUGGUGAAGGAAUGCCAGAACUGUAAUAUUUUAAAAACUUUUUUAAGAUCAUAAAUGUCAUCCCUGGGAAACGAGGGAGUGUAAGCACAACCUCACCUUGAUUCUGGGUGGUAUUAGAGGGAGCAGAAGGUAACUUUGAGAGCUUUCAAGACUUUUGUUAUUAUACUCUACAACAAUAGAGUUCUGACAGUCGUUGCAGUGUCUGUUUCCUGACUGGGCCAUAUCGAAGGGUUGACGGGCAACAAUGAAACGCCAAGCCAAAGUUUCAGAACACACACUUGAAAACUUUAUUGGAUUAUUUUUAGAUGUAUUGUGAGGCACAUCCAGAAGAGGACCUCAGUGUUCCAGCAAUGAAUAGUUCAGGAAGAUUGGAAGGGAAGUCUUGGUCUCCCAAAAUGUGCUUGCUGAGCAAAUAAAUAAUUUUAGCAAUAAUCAAGUCCUUGCCUGUGCCUCCUGGAUUUUAAUGUUGUGUUAAUAAACAUAUUUAUU